CUACAAAGAACAGACCAAUUGAAUGAAUGAAUGAAUCUGCGUUAGAAGUCAGCGCAUACAUAUAUCCUUUGUUGUUUUAUUUUCCAAUGAAAUAUUUCGUACUACCCGAGACCGGUGGGAUUUUAUGAAAACUAGGACGUCGAGCGACACAAUCGAGGAACUCUGAUAUUAUUUUUUGACUAUGUCGUUGCAUUAACCGUCACAGUUUUGACUAACCUGCAGCGGCGAGAUAACCUUAAAAUACUGCGCUAAACGCGGUCCGGUAUCAAUAAGUCGCAAGACCCAUGUGGUAAGGAUAAUUCAAGAAAUCAACCUUUACUGUUAACGCUAAAAUGACGAAAAGAAAAAGUGACACGCAAGUGCCGGCUGAAGAAAGCGAUUUGCUAUCGAUUCGUCCGCUUGGUGCCGGUCAAGAGGUCGGUAGAUCAUGUAUCAUGUUAGAAUUUAAAGGUAAGAGGAUUAUGUUGGACUGUGGUAUACAUCCUGGUCUAUCAGGCAUGGAUGCUCUUCCAUUCGUCGAUCUGGUUGAGGCCGAUGAAAUUGACUUGCUAUUAAUAUCACACUUCCACCUGGACCACUGUGGAGCUCUGCCUUGGUUCUUACAAAAAACGAGCUUUAAGGGCCGUUGUUUCAUGACUCACGCUACUAAAGCUAUAUAUCGCUGGCUAUUGUCAGAUUAUAUCAAAGUCAGCAAUAUAGCCACAGAGCAGAUGCUGUACACAGAGUCUGAUCUGGAGACUAGCAUGGACAAGAUUGAAACCAUCAAUUUUCAUGAGGAGAAAGAUGUGUUUGGUAUAAAGUUCUGGGCCUACAAUGCAGGUCAUGUAUUGGGUGCUGCAAUGUUCAUGAUAGAAAUCGCUGGUGUGAAGAUUUUGUAUACCGGUGAUUUUAGCCGACAAGAAGACAGACAUCUAAUGGCUGCUGAGAUACCGAAUAUUCACCCUGAUGUACUGAUCACGGAAUCUACAUAUGGCACUCACAUCCAUGAAAAAAGGGAGGAUCGAGAAGGCAGAUUCACCAAUCUUGUACAUGAGAUUGUAAAUAGAGGAGGCAGGUGCUUGAUUCCUGUGUUCGCACUGGGAAGAGCACAAGAACUUCUGCUCAUUUUAGAUGAAUAUUGGGGUCAGCAUUCGGAAUUGCAUGAAAUCCCAAUCUACUAUGCUUCUUCCUUGGCAAAGAAAUGUAUGGCAGUCUAUCAAACAUAUGUAAACGCCAUGAACGACAAGAUCAGGCGGCAAAUUGCCAUUAACAAUCCUUUUGUGUUCAAGCAUAUAUCAAAUUUAAAAGGAAUUGAUCAUUUUGAGGACAUUGGUCCAUGUGUGGUAAUGGCAUCACCUGGUAUGAUGCAGAGUGGCUUGUCGAGGGAGUUGUUCGAGUCCUGGUGCACAGACGCUAAGAACGGAGUCAUAAUAGCCGGUUACUGUGUAGAGGGUACAUUGGCCAAGGGCAUUUUGUCAGAACCUGAAGAAAUCACUACCAUGUCCGGACAAAAAUUACCUCUAAAGAUGUCCGUAGAUUACAUAUCCUUCUCAGCACACACAGACUAUCAGCAAACGUCGGAAUUUAUACGUAUAUUGAAGCCGCCGCACGUGGUGCUCGUGCACGGUGAGCAGAACGAGAUGGGCCGUUUGAAGGCGGCUCUACAGCGAGAGUACGAGGACGAUCCCAACACGACUAUGGAGAUACACAAUCCAAGGAACACGGUCGCGGUGGAGCUUUAUUUUCGGGGAGAGAAGACUGCCAAAGUGAUGGGCACGUUGGCGAUGGAGACACCCAAACCUGGACAGAAAUUGUCCGGCGUGUUGGUGAAGAGGAACUUCAAUUAUCACAUGCUAGCCCCGUGUGACUUAUCCAAGUAUACCGACAUGAGUAUGAGUCAAGUGAUACAAAGGCAGAGUGUAUAUUUCUCCGCUUCAUUGCCAGUGUUGAAGCACUUAUUGACGCAGAUAGCUGGCAACUUGGAAGUCAUAGACGACAAGAAGCUGCGGGUGUUCAAAAACGUGGACGUUACAAUCGACGGCAAGAUCGUGACAAUGGAAUGGAUAGCGACGCCCGUGAACGAUAUGUAUGCAGACUCGGUUCUCACUGCAAUAUUACAAGCCGAAAUAAUGGAUCAGUCGCCGAAGAUGUUACCUGCACCUACUAAAAUGGACAGAAUGCACUUCAAGGAAUGCCUCAUCGAGAUGUUGCAGGAGAUGUUCGGCGAGGAUUCCGUUCCCAAGAUAUUCAAGGGCGAAAAAUUGUACGUUACGGUGGACGGUAAGAAAGCGCAUAUCGAUCUUUUAAACUUGGAGGUGACCAGCAAGGAGGACGAGACUUUCCAGCAAAUAGUGCAAACGGCUGUAACGAAAUUGCACCAGUCGUUAGCACCGCCUUGUGAUGUAAUAUGAAAAAUACGAACGAUUAUGAGACUUGUCGAAUAUAUGAACAAUUAUUUUAUACUGCUAGAAAUAUUUAUUGCUUACAAUUGAAUAAUUGUAAUAAAAUCAUCAAAGUUAUAUAAUUAUUACGGAAUAAUAGACUAGUAUUUUAAACUAUACUAUUAUAUUUAAAAAACUAAUUCAGUUGAGUUGCGAAUUUUUCUGGGAU